GCGGUUGGCGGGGGCUCGGUGCGGGCGGCCGCUCGCGCGCGGCGGCGGCGGUUGGCGGGGGGCGCGCGGCGGCCGCGGGCGCUGAGGGAGGGGCAGGGCCCGGCCUGGGCAGGGCAGGGCAGGGCCGAGCCCAGCGGCUCCCUGCGCGCUCUCCGCUGCCCCCCCUCCGCCCGCCCGCCCCUCUCGCCGCCAGCCGGUGGAUGCGGGGAGGCGGUGGCGGCGGUGCGCGGAGCCGGUGGGUAAGAUGGAGGGCCUGACGCUGAGCGAGGCGGAGCAGCGCUACUACUGCGACCUGUUCGCGUACUGCGACACCGAGAGCACCAAGAAGGUGGCGUCCAACGGCCGCGUCCUCGAGCUCUUCCGCGCCGCGCAGCUGCCCAACGACGUGGUGAUGCAGAUUAUGGAGCUCUGCGGUGCAACAAGACUUGGCUAUUUUGGAAGAAGUCAGUUUUAUAUUGCUUUGAAACUUGUUGCUGUGGCCCAGUCUGGUCUCCCUCUAAGAGUGGAAAGCUUGAAUACAGUAAAGGACCUCCCUCUUCCCAGAUUUGUAGUGUCAAAGAAUGAACAAGAAUCAAGACAUACAGCCUUGUAUUCUUCGGAUGCUGAUAACCCAGCUUCAUAUUCAGGUGUGAUUCCUCCUCCACCUGGCAGGAUACAAGUCAAAAAAGGCUCCGUGAGCCAUGAUGCUGUUCAGCAACGUACAUCAACUGAUCAACAGGAGUCCACAUCUCCAGUUGUUUCACCACAGCAGUCCCCACCAACCUCUCCACAUACAUGGAGGAAGCACAGCCGCCAUCCCAGCGGAGGGAAUAAUGAACGACCUCUUGCUGGACCUGGGCCUUUUUGGGCUCCAUUUAGUGAAGCACAACCAGGCUCAUCUACUUCUAGUGAUCCCAUAUGGUCUGGCCAUUCACCACCACCUCACCAAGAAAAUUGGGUCAGUUUUGCAGAUACCCCACCAACCAGUGCUCUUUUAGCCAUGCAUCCUGCUUCUGUCCAGGACCAGACAACAGUACGAACUGUAGCAUCAGCUACAACAACCAAUGAAAUUCGUAGGCAAUCAAGUAGUUAUGAUGACCCCUGGAAAAUUACUGAUGAACAAAGGCAGUAUUAUGUUAAUCAGUUUAAAACCAUUCAACCUGAUCUAAACGGAUUUAUACCAGGAUCUGCAGCUAAAGAAUUUUUCACUAAAUCAAAACUACCUAUUCUUGAACUUUCUCAUAUUUGGGAACUUUCGGAUUUUGAUAAAGACGGUGCACUGACGUUGGAUGAGUUCUGUGCUGCAUUUCAUCUGGUGGUUGCUAGGAAGAAUGGAUAUGAUUUGCCAGAAAAGCUACCUGAAAGUUUAAUGCCUAAACUGAUUGAUUUGGAAGACUCAACGGUCAUUUCUUUCAUUUCAGAAGUUGGGGAACAGACCGGUGAGGUAGGUUAUUCCAGCUCUCCAGCAGAAGCACCUCCAAGCAAGUCUCCAUCAAUGCCAUCCCUAAACCAGACCUGGCCAGAAUUGAAUCAGAGCAGUGAGCAGUGGGAGACAUUUAGCGAACGCUCUUCAAGCUCACAAACUCUGACCCAAUUUGAUUCUAACAUUGCACCAGCUGAUCCUGAUACUGCAAUUGUGCACCCAGUUCCCAUAAGAAUGACUCCAAGCAAAAUCCACAUGCAGGAAAUGGAGCUCAAAAGAACUGGAAGUGAUCAUACUAACCCUACUAGCCCACUACUUGUGAAACCACCUGAUCUCCCAGAAGAAAACAAAAUGAGUUCAUCUGUAAAAUAUACACCUGGAAAUACAGUUACAGAUGGUUACAGCAGUUCGGACUCCUAUACUUCAGAUCCAGAGCAAAUUGGAAGCAGUGUAACGCGGCAACGAUCACAUUCAGGAACGUCUCCAGAUAACACCGCGCCACCACCACCCCCGCCAAGGCCUCAUCCUUCUCAUUCUCGAUCGUCAUCUUUAGAUAUGAACAGAUCCUUUUCAGUUACCCCAGGACAGCAACAGGCUGGAGUUGUUGCCUAUCCUCCCGCAGUGCCUCCAAGACCACAGCCUUCGCAGGGUGCAGGUCCUCAUGUGCAUCGCCCAGUAGAUGCUGAAGGCCUAAUAGCUCAUACCAGUACCUCACCUCAACAAAUACCAGAGCAGCCAAAUUUUGCAGACUUCAGUCAAUUUGAGGUGUUUGCUGCAUCAGCUGUAAACAAGGAGGAAGAAGAUGAAAUUGAAACACAUUCAGAAGUCUUGCAGGUCGAAAAGCCCUCUGAUUCUGCAAGUUCUCUUAGAGUUGCCAAAGCAGAUGGAAGAGUCGAAGAGAAAUCAUCUGCUAAUGUCCCCACUAGUGCGGGUAAAGGCACUACCCCACUUGCUCCACCACCAAAGCCUAUUCGUAGAAGAUUAAAAUCAGAAGAUGAGCUAAGACCUGAAGCUGAGGAACAUACACAGAAAACAGGUGUCAUAGCUGCUGUUCUUGCUUCACAGCCAUCUAUUCCUAGAUCUGUUGGGAAGGACAAGAAGGCAAUUCAGGCAUCAAUCAGACGUAACAAGGAAACCAACACUGUUUUGGCCAGAUUGAAUAGUGAACUUCAGCAGCAACUAAAGGAUGUUCUUGAAGAGAGAAUCUCCCUGGAAGUCCAACUGGAACAACUUCGACCUUUCUCUCACCUCUAAGCCUACUGCCGUUAACUGUGAAUUUACUAAUUUUGAAAGGGGUAUUGGUUUCAAGAUCCUAUUUAAAGAUCCAUGCAUCUAGCUCAGUGCACUCUAUUCUACAUUAAAUGUUGUGGUUCUCUUUUGUCAAUUUGUCCACUUUUGUAUUUAAGUAUUUUAAUUUCAGUACAGAAAAAAAAAAACUUUUUCCUUGAAUGUGACACUGCCUCUUACAUCGUUUUCUGUGGGCAUCCGUGAUUUUUGUUGAACUUGAGUUUGCAAAGUUUGUCGCCAAAAUUUCCAACUGGAACUUCUUAGUGGUUUCCUUUUUUCCCUGUUGAAACAUCUGUGCAGAAGAGGAUUGCUUAUCAGUUGACUUUAAGCACGUAAACUCUUCUUUUGCUGUGGCAUUUAUUUUAUUGUGCCAGAAAAGAGAAAAUCUAAUAAUGUGUCAUCAGCCAAUAGUACCUCCCAAACUGCCUUUCACAAUUUGUAAGUUGUUCACAAUCCUAGAAAGCCUGCCCCUUUGCAAUAAAACCGACUUACACAGGUUGACAGAGUUCUUGCAGGCUGUUCACCAUAUCAAACGGAUUUGGGUUUGUGUUUGUUGCAUACAUUGCAGAGUAUGUAACCACAGAUCGCCAGCUGUUACAUUUAUCCAUCCAUGACCCUGAUUCAGCCGCAUGCACAUAAAGACUUAUGGUACAAUUGGUAGUCUCUCCAACAGACCUUUUUCAGUCCUCUUUUUUUGUGAAGAGUUGGGUGUAAAUCCCCAACAUAAUUGCACAUUUCCUAAGCACCACCUGUAAUUGCAUGUUUCACACAUUACCUUUUAAUAACAGAUCACAUCCACCAGUCUUCACUAUAACAAAAUGUAUUGUCAAGUAAUGUGUCAAUACCUCUGUGAACUUCUAAUUCCCAGCAAAAAAUAAAUAAAUCUAAAAAAAAAAAAAAAAGAACAGUUUGCUUCUUAGGAAUUCUGGGGUACCUUCUGUCAUCUUGUUUCCAGGCCUUAUUUCUCUGGCAUAUAGACAGGCUUCACUAUUAACAGAGUUCCCCGAGUGUAUCCUGCUAUUCAGGUUGAUGUACUGUAUUAGGAUUUGUUGUAUAUUGUAUGAUACACACCUUUUGAUCUCAUAUGUAAAUUUGCAUUAAUUGCUGACUAACAGCAGAUAUUCUAUUUAAUGGCUUCUUCUGGCUGUGGGAUCAUAGAUGUUUAACUGCAUGGAUGUAUCUCUGCAGAAUCAGAACUAGCAAUUGUGUGAUUUUUACACCAAUAAAACAGCACAAUAUUUUAAUUUUGUUGAUUCAUCUUUACCUGGGAAUUGAAACUCAUUCAAAUAGGGGGAGGGGAUUAUUACAGGUGUUCAGAAAACUUUUUGUAAUUUUGUGGCAUGUACAAGAAAUAGUUGGUACUCCCUUGACCGUUUUCUUCAAUUUUUUUUUAGCUGUUGGUCAGAAGUGAUUAAAUUCUCUUGGUAAUCUGUGGCUAUGCUCCUUUUGUAUCCUCCUGUGAGCAAAUUAAAUGUAGCUGUAACUUUUAAAAAGUAAAUGCUGGUACUGACUUGGGUGGAAGAAUUGUACAGUUCUUUAGUCUGCAUUUCCAGUUGAUUUCUUUGAGAGUACUUUUCAGAAUUAAAACUAAAUGGAUUGCCUGUUAGCAAUA